GCGAUUCACUGUGAUCUAUUUCAAAUUUUCGCAGCUAAAACUCUUGUAUAAUUAAACAUAGAGCUAUUAAUAUUCGAAGAAAAUUUGAAACAUUGAACUUUCUGGACCCAUAAAAUCUUAAAAAAUGUGGAUUACACCUUUUUAGCUUUUGGCUCUCAAUGUGUAGAAUGAUGAAAGAAACAGAACACGAAAGAAAAGGUAAGAAAAAAAGGGAUAAAAUCUUACAAAGGAUCACGCAGUCUAAUUUUGUUCUUCACAUACCAAUAAUAUACGUUCAAUGUGUGUACGGGUAUAAAAGCAUAGAUGUAAUAUACCUAUGCACCACAGUAGGUAGGUAGGUAUAUGCGGUGAGGAUUAAAAGAAAAGAAAAAAAGAAGGGAGAGGGAACCAACAGGAAAAAAAUGAAAAACAAAAAAUAAAUAAAUAAAUCGAAAAGAAAAGAUCUGAAGGAACACUGGGGUCGGAUUCCCUUCUGUUGCACCCAGGUAACGCGAUAUCCCGCGUGCCGCUGCACCAGAUGGGUAAUCAUGCUCAUAUAUGCCAUUUGCGUCGAAGGAAGGGGAUCUGAUCGGGAGCGGGGACAAUUCAUUUCGUUGUUAUCGAGCUGUUACAACAGCAACAAUAACAGUUGUAAUGAUGUCGAUAAUAACUUUAUACGUAAAGAGUAAAGAUUAAAAGUGUAACGUUAAGUGAAAAGAUUAAUUUUUCAACUAAUAAAUUAUGCGGUGUAGGAUAUGCCGAGACCGAUGUUUUUCGUGUCUAUGAAUAAGAAUAUUUUGUUUUGUCAAAACUUGUUAUAUUAUUCGUACCGUGGUUGUUAUCCGUCAUUCAAAAAAAUUUACAAACCAAUAGAAACGAAUGUAUGAAGUGGCAAUUUUUUUUCUCGAAUCUCGACCCCAGAAUAAUUUGAAUUCAUUGUUUUUGAAAAUUUCGGUCACCUGUAAUUUGGACUUCUUCAAUGAUAAUGAUGCCGCAUUAAAAUCAUCAAGCAUUUCGCCUGAUCAGCUAUACAUGGAUAAACGGUGGCUAUACAUGCGGUAUCUUCGGAUCUUCAAACGAGUGAGUAUAAACUUGCCGAAAAACUAAACAGGCACCGCAGAGCGGAAACCGAGUGUGACCGGAAUUUGACGAAUAAGACGUAUUCACGCAAACACAAAGUGCACACACACACACACACACACACACACACACUAAAACAACCUACACAAAAACCUCAAUCUCGUCGGGACUCGUGGUCCGCCACUUCGACUUUCGGUGUAUGCACAUCCUUGCGGACCUAUACCUUAAACCUACACAGCCUUGCUUCGGUAGGCUGCACUGUUCUACCCUUGCCUCGGCCUUUACGGUGAUGAAACAGAACGCGUUGUGGUUCAGUCUCUUCAGUACCGUGCGUGCAUCACACCGGGACGGUUGUGUCGUAGGAGGAGAACAAACUGAGAGAGGAUAGCUGCAUGUAUACAAUCGAACAUCGGUUUGUUAUUCAAUCCUGGGGCAAAUUAUCGAUCUUUUAUCCACGUAACAUUUAUCAACGUUACACCGUCUCGCUAAUAACAAGGCUUAUUUGUUAAUAUAAAUAUAACAGAUCUGAUCGAUGAAAAGUGAACAAAACCAUACAACAAUUUCAAAUCAAACUCUACAGUUGUGAGAAUUUUGUAUAUACAUCUUUUUAUCGUUUAAAUGAACAAAUGAAGAAUUGUGCUGUUGAUAGUACAAUGACGAUAAUGACGACGCUGUGUAGUGAAGAGUUUGUGUUGCUUACUGUCUAUGAGUUUCAUUGAUAAAUUGAUCAUUUAUAUAGCUAUCAAUAAAAUGAAGCACUUGUACUUUAUUGUCAUCGGCUGUUUUGUGAGCAAAUUCUGCAAUAAAGUGUUUCGGGAUUUGAAAAAUUUUUGAACAUCGAAUCGUCUGUGUGAUUGAGCGGUUCACGAAUCUGGUUUAGUUCAAAAUUAUAGAACCGAACAAACCAGAAAAAAAACCAAAAAAACUGUAAAACAACAACGGUCACCAAACAGUGAAUUUUCGUGAACAGAGAUCGUCUGUUUGGGGUCAACUUUUUGAACAUCAACAUGAACCCCAACAUAUUUUUUCUACUACUCGUAACUACAACUCUGUUAGACACCUUUUUCGGUGGUUCAUUAGGACCAACCGUUACCAUGGCGUGGGGAAUUAACCACGGAACAACUGGUUUAUCAUCUUCAUCUGGAACGUUGGGUUCAUCUGGUGGUAACAACAAUUACGCAAAGUGCGAAAGGUUAACCGUAUCAAUGUGCAGAGGACUUGGUUACAACCUUACGGCUAUGCCAAAUUUUAUGGGGCACGAAGACCAGCUCCAAGCCGAACGUGGGCUUGCAGCAUUCAUGCCAUUGGUGCACUACAAUUGUUCUCGUCACUUGAGGCUCUUUCUUUGCGCAGUUUUUGCGCCAGUUUGCUCCGAACAUGUCGCGAUGCAAAUACCUGCCUGCAAACCCCUCUGUUUAUCGGUGAGACGAGAUUGCGAGCCCGCUUUAUCCAGUCUAAGCUUACCAUGGCCUAAUAUGCUCGACUGCGAGCGAUUUCCCGACGGAAAAACCGUUACGCUUUGCGUCCAACCGUUUGCCGAAGAAUCCUUAUCCGCAGAACUUCCGGCAGUUCCACAGGUAAUUCCUUCGUUACAAACAGCACCGAUUCUUCAACCACAAUGGCCACCUGCACUGAUGCAACCGAUCCAGUCUGCACAGACGAUUUUACCGGCAGUUCGAACAAAUCAAAUCCAUCAUCAAUGCCCUCCACAUUUUGUUCAGACGCCCGAUGUUGAAGCGGUCACUUGCGCACCUCAUUGUGGAUCGGACGCAUAUUACAGAUCAGAAGAUAAAAAGUUUGCCGAACGUUGGAUGACGGGUUGGGCAUGGUUGUGUUUCCUCUCGACCUUAUUUACGUUAUUAACAUUUUGGGUAGAACCAUCGAGAUUUCGUUACCCAGAACGGCCUAUCGUCUUCUUAGCACUUUGCUACAAUCUUUUAUCGGUAGCUUACACGAUUCGCGGUGCGAUUGGCGCUGAAAAUCUCAGUUGCACCACGCAGGACGAUGGCAUUAGCUACGUACCGGUCAAUGAUGGACUCAGGAGCGUCCCAUGUACACUUUGGUGGCUGGCAAGACAUUAUCUUGGACUGGCCAGCAGCGCCUGGUGGGCGGUUCUUUGUGGCUGUUGGUUACUGAGCGCCAGAAAUGAGUGGAGCAGCGAAGCUCUUCACAAUAUUGCACCAUAUCUUCACGCAACUGCUUGGGGAAUACCAGCCCUGAUAACUGGAGGUAGUUUAUUAUCGCGCAGUGUAUCGGCCGACGAGUUGACCGGCCUUUGUCAAAUAUCGGACGAUUCAGCUCUAUGGCUUGAAGUUCUUCCGCACGCAAUUCUCCUAUUAUUGGGUUGCAUUUUUGCGAGUGUGGCAGGGCUAGCUUUAGUCCGUGUAAGACGUGCGGUUCGAUUAGCCGGUCGUUCUGCUACUAAACUCGAGCGUCUAAUGACUCGCUUGGGAAUAUUUGCACUUUUAUAUGCUUUACCUGCUCUCGGAGGGCUAGCGUGCGUUCUGCACGAAUCUUCAGUCAGACCAAGAUGGCGAACGCUCGCGUUACUUGCAGCUCUGGAUUGCAGAGCCACCCAAAAUUGUUCACCGGGUCCAGUUUACAGAGCAGCUGGACUUGAAGUCGUACUUUUGAGAUUGUUCCUUUCGCUAGUCGUCGGCGUUACUUCAGGAAUGUGGGUAUGGUCAGGAAAAACUUGCAGAGCUUGGAGCAGACUUUUAGCUGCACCUAGUAAACCGCUUAGGCCGCAACAAGGCAUGCAACAUAUCGGACAAAAUGUUUAUCAAGGUUAUAAACCAGAAAGCGCAAAUAUGGCGUAGAAAUUCAAAAAGUUUUUUGGUAUUUCAAUUUCUAUGCAAUCGUUUUCAAGAAGUAGAGGUAAACUACUUUCAUCUAUACGGUUUAAUAGAUUGAUUUUUGCUGUUGCUUUAUUUUCUGGAAUUUGUAUCACAGUUUGUAAAUAUUGUAAAUACCUGUUUAUUAAAUAAUUACUAAUUAUUCGGAUGACACGAA